AUGAGUUGUGCCUGUCCUCGUUGUCCUAAAGGCCUCUCCCCCUCUGCACAUCUGGCGGAUGGGACUGUAGACCUCAUCCUGGUCCAUGAGUGCUCCAGGGUGGACUUCUUCAAGCAUCUGCUCCGGCACACCAACAAGGACGACCAGUUUGACCACUUGUUUGUGGAAGUUCAUCGAGUGAAGAAGUUUCGCUUCCAUCCUGGACGCCCUGAAGUGGUCUCAGUUGGUGAUGUCAGUGACAUCAGCAACUUGGAGCCUGUCUGCCCCACCCCUUCUCCGUGUAACUAUGGCUCCGCCCUCAGCAGCUGGACCUGCGACGGCGAGAUCCUCCCGCAGACUGCCAUUCAAGUGAGUGUCCAGUGCCAGUUGAUCCACCUGUUUGCGCGUGGCAUUGAAGAGACUCAGACGGAACAGCAGUGUAAAAAGCUCUGA